UAAAUUUAUUUCUAUCUGAAAUUGUUUUUUUUAUAAAAAUUUUAAAACUCUUCAUAGUAGUAUUAUUUAUUAUACAUCAUAUCCGAUAAAUCCAAUAACAGUAAAAGCUGCGAAUCGAUGUCUGGACCACUCGAUCGAUUUGCAAGGCCUUGCUUUGAGGGGUCGUCAGGCAAUGAUGAGAGACCUGAGAGAAGAGAUAGGUCAGAGCGAAGAGAAAGAAAGUCUGAUUUUGAAAAUUCAGAGGAUGAAAGGAGGACAAGAAUUGGCUCACUGAAAAAGAAAGCAUUAAAUGCAUCUAGCAAGUUCAAACAUUCUCUCAAGAAAAAGAGCAGUAGAAGAAAAAGUGAUGGACGAGUCAGCUCUGUCUCAAUUGAGGAUAUUCGAGAUGUUGAAGAAUUACGGGCUGUUGAUGCAUUCCGACAGGCACUUAUUUUGGAAGAAUUGCUGCCAGAAAAACUUGAUGAUUAUCAUAUGAUGUUGAGGUUUUUGAAAGCAAGGAAAUUCGAUAUUGAAAAGGCAAAGCAAAUGUGGGCUGAUAUGGUUCAAUGGAGAAAGGACUUUGGAGCUGAUACAAUUAUUGAGGAUUUUGAGUUUCAAGAGUUAAGUGAAGUUUUAAAGUAUUAUCCCCAUGGUAAUCAUGGAGUGGAUAAAGAGGGAAGACCUGUCUACAUUGAAAGAUUAGGGAAAGUUGAUGCUAACAAACUUAUGCAAGUUACAACCAUGGAUAGAUAUAUAAAAUAUCAUGUUCGGGAGUUUGAGAAAAGCUUUGCUUUUAAGUUUCCAGCCUGUUCUAUUGCUGCAAAGAGGCACAUAGAUUCGAGCACAACCAUUUUGGACGUCCAGGGUGUGGGACUGAAGAACUUUAGUAAGAGCGCCCGUGAACUUGUUAUGCGGCUGCAGAAAAUUGAUGGCGACAAUUAUCCUGAAACGCUUCAUCAAAUGUAUAUAAUCAACGCUGGUCCUGGAUUUAGACUGCUCUGGAGUACUGUAAAGUCAUUUCUAGAUCCCAAAACGGUUGCAAAGAUUCAUGUUCUUGGUUGCAAGUACCAAAACAAAUUGCUUGAGCUAAUUGAUGCCAGUGAGUUGCCAGAAUUCUUAGGUGGCUCCUGUACAUGUGCAGAUCAAGGAGGUUGUCUAUUAUCUGAUAAAGGACCUUGGAAUAAUCCUGAAAUCUUGAAGUUGGCUGUUAACAGUGAAGCACGACGUGCUAGGCAGGUGGUUAAAGUUUUAAAUAGUGAGGGAAAAAUUGUUGCAUAUGCUAAGCCUCAGCUUCCGGUGUUAAGAAGCAGCGAUACAUCUGCUGAAUCAGGAUCUGAAGCUGAUGACAUUGCAUCCCCCAAAGCAAUGAGGAGUUAUUCACAUCUUAGGUUGACUCCUGUUCGUGAAGAAGCCAAGACGGGAGCUACAAGCUAUGCUGGUCAAUUUUCAGUAUAUGAUGAGUAUGUUCCCAUGGUUGAUAAAGCUGUUGAUUCUGGAUGGAAGAAACAACCUUCAACUCCAAAGCCUUAUGACCUCAGAGCGACACUUAUUGAACCUACUGCUCAGAAGGGACCGGAAAAACUCCAUUCUCAGAUAUGGCUGAUGCUUGUGGCCUUCUUCAUGACCGUAUUCACCCUUUUUAAUUCAGCCAUGAGCCGUGUAACUAAAAAGCUUCCUGAUUCACCCUCGGAGGAUACCCAAAAUGCACAGGAAUUCUCCUUUGAAGCAGUAAACAAGGAAGAAUUUCGGCCCCCAUCACCUACACCAUCCUUUAAGGAGGCUGAAAUUCUUAAUUCUGUUUUGAAAAGAUUAUGUGAACUUGAAGAGAAGGUUGAUACACUCAAUGCUAAGCCAUCAACGAUGCCAUAUGAGAAAGAGGAAUUGCUAAAUGCUGCUGUUUGCCGUGUUGAUGCUUUAGAAGCAGAACUUAUUGCUACUAAAAAGGCUCUGCAUGAAGCUUUGAUGAGGCAAGAGGAAUUACUUGCAUACAUUGACAGUCAAGAGGAGAAAAAGUUCAGGAAGAAAAAAUCUUGCUGGUGAAGAGUUAACAGUAACGGAUGUAAGGAUGUAUACUCAAAUUUUUUUUUUUUUUUUUUCUCUCAUUUUUUUUUUUUGAAAAUACUGUAUACAAGCAUGUUAACAUUUCUGCGGACCAGUUGUACUAAGUUUCUAACUCUGUUGACUUUGAGAGUGACACUAUAAUAUUAAGUUUUCUGUGAUGGUUUUGAACAA